UAUCUCAACGAGGAAGUAUUGUGUCAACCUAAAUACUACUGGUUACUUAUGCAUAAUCUAUUAAAGAGUACAAAUACAUUCACGACGGGCAAAGGAAGUUUACAACCGUUUUGAAAGUGGAGACCAUAGCACAUGUUUAUGAUUACCAAUCAAUGAUGCGCCGUUUGCUACAACACGAAGGUUUUAAUAUUCUUAAACUGCAUGUAUAUAUGGAGCACCAUUGUGUACAUUUAAAUUCUUCUUUAGUUGUUGUGCUUCUCAGUGGAUUGAUAUUCUAAUAAGUUUACUUAAACACAGUUACGCUCGGGUUGAGACAUUAUUUGGUAUUUUGGUAGAAAUAAAGAUUGUUCACUGAACUGAUCGGAUAAUCCAUUCACAACUUAAAUUUUCAAACACCUGAAAGACCCGAUGUCAUGUCUAUGUGCACAUACUUUAUACCACUGAUACUGUCCCUUGCGGCAGUCAGAUCAGAGGUUGAUUGCGACGCACCCAAAACGAUUAAACGAUGUGACAUGGAGGCCCGGAGUUGCUCACAGAAGUCUAUAAGAUUCGAUGGUGACAAUGAAUUUUUCAACUGCUCUGUUGGACAUAAAGAAGAAAUAAUCAAUUUCAAGAAAACGAACUCCCUGAGAAAAGAUGUUGCUACUCUAUUCGACGCACCUGACCUGCUUGGUGUUAGCUCGUACUGGAUUCGUGAAUUAGACAGUUUCGACAGUUUAGCUAUUGAGAUCACAUUUCGCCUACCACGAGCAAUUCACUCUGGCGUUAUUGACCAAGACAAAUCGAAACAAGAUGGACGCUUAUACUCAGGGAACAAGGAGCAAAUGACCUAUGGAGGACAUUACCAGCAUCCCAACGCGAUCUUCUUAAAAUUUUCCAGCGUAUGGGAGGAGGCGUACCGCGAUUCUUUUUACUACAAAUGCCCUCGCGAGAGAAUCUUCAUUUUCCAUAAUUAUUCCCCACCCACUCAUUACGACGUGGACCAUCCGAGGAAUAUAUCCUACCGGUGCAUGUUUGGUUUGGAUAUAUCUAACCCCAAAUAUACCUACAUAUUGAGUUUGAACACGUCUGAUGGGCGAUCACGUGAUUUCUAUAUUACGCUACCAGUUCGAUACAUGGACAGUAAGAACUGGCGACCAGCGGUGGCCACCAAUCUCAAUGUGAGUCAAAGAACUAUAGAGGUCAUCGUGGAGCCACAGCCCCGGAAUUUUACUUCUCUUGGCUACGAUGUAACCCUCUGUACAAAAGAAAGGGGCUGCGGUCCAACCAACCAAAUUUCUGUGUGGGAUACCAAUCGAACAGUGUUUAAGGACAUAUCACAUGGCGUGUAUUUCGUAAAGGUUGUAUCCAGAACCUGUGCUGCUGCAUACAACUGCUCGGAAGUCAUAUCGUACACAGUUGACGCAACAAAAAUUGAAAAGAACGCAGAAUCUCCUCUCCGCUAUUUAGCUGACUUGCAACCGACGCAAAUCGUUACCAUGGUGGUCGGCUGUGUUGUCGGUGUGAUGUUGGUGUUGAUGCUGACCGUUGUUACUUCGAGGUCGUGUCUUCGUCGACGACGAAAACGAGCAAAAUAUGGUUUGCGUGUUUUUGACCAUGACCAGAAGCCCCAAGGAAUUGUGAUACACCCAUUUCUCGACGUUUCUCGUAGCAACAUCAGUACGGACCGGAAGUAUGUUAAAGUAUUGGAAGACUUUCAAAACUUUAUCGAGAAAGAAUGUAAAUGCAAGUUAGCCCCCAUCCCCGUUGAUUGCUUAAAUGGCGAUACAACAGCUUUGGACAGGCUUUUCGGCGGCCUUAAAUUCGUCAUCGUGGUUUGUACCGACAACAAUUCGAACCGAUAUUUUCGAACACUUUUAACGAGAGCAAUUCACAAGAAAACACAGGAAAAUAAUUUAUUUGUAAUACCAGUUACUUUCUCUUGCUUUCCUUCACCUUAUAAAGAGAAAUGUAUUGAAGAAAGCAUGAUAGAGCUUUUGCAAAACAUGAACGAUUUGUUAUCUAAGAUACACUGUAUAGACUCGGAAGAGGACGAAUUUUCGCGAUUAAAACAGUCUUAUGAAAACACUCCUGAAUAUAAAGAUCUAGAAUCAUCUAUUAAAGAUGCCUCACCAGUGUCGUAUUGUGAAAACAUAAAUACUAAAACUGAGAGCGAACAAGGUACAAAACCUAUCUGUGAAGGAGAACGCAAUAGUAAGCCAUUUGUAGGUAUCAAUCAACCUAAUUCUACCAAAUGCGAAAGAGACGGUUUUCAACAUAAACCAUGUAUGCAAGAUAUAGGAGAAAAUAGUCCAGAAAUUAAACAACAAGAGAUAGCACGUAUUAAAACGAAACUAAGUAGAUUUAAUGACUCUAUCUCGGAUAUAUCCUACAAUGGAGCGCGACCUAAGGAAAGCUGCCGUAAAGUACACGUCGCAAGCGAACAGGGUGGAUAUGUACCAAAUGUAAUCAGUGGAAAUAAAUUUCAUCAAUGCGAUCAAACACCUUAUCAAUCUUCAUUAAAUAAUGACAGAGGCGGACAAUCAUAUCAAAUGAGCGCACCACAUCGGCAUAUUUUGAACGAAAAUGAACGACUGCAUAUUAAAACAUACUCUGUACCAUACACAUCUGGCAUACAUGAACAUCGCAUACGAAGUCAACCCACGGACUAUGAUAACGAAUUGACGUUGCUUGCUCGAGGACAGGGCUCCAACAUUGAAAGCAACGCACCGUAUGUUAUUUACGAACCAUCGGCGAAUUUUAGCCCCUCAUUUGAGUACCAAGGAAUGAAUGAAAAGGUGCCUAUAUCACAUACACACGACUGGUCAAGUAGACAAAAUGACAUUACCAUGCAAAACAUAGCAUGUGCGAUUCCACGCACAGAACACAUGCAAUUCGACUGUAAAUAUAACACUUUCAACCACCAUAGCACUCCAGUAUGCUAUGGCCAUUUGAAUCAGGAUUUGCAAACUCGGCUUUCAAGUAAUUACUCUCGAGAUCCGUAUUAUGGCGAACAAAAUAUACAUCCUCUAUCCAACAUGAGUCAGAACCUUUCAAAAACAAGCGAUGCUAGACCUAACAAAGAUACAACUUCUUCUGCUGCUACCGCUGAAGUUGCAAAAACGUCGAUUUAUUUCCCUGCUUUAGACAAGUUUACGACAUUUGAUGUUACCAAAACUUCAAUUGAAAGUGGAAAACUAAGAACAAAACCGAAGGCGUUAUCCAUCCCCUCGGAUCUCAACACUAUUUCUGAUUGGAUUCCACCGGAAACCGGAAGUAUACUUGUUACAAGCAAUGACGACCUGAUGGACAAAAUGAGCAAGAUCAAUGAAAACUAUACUGAGGAACUUCAGGAACUUAAGCGAUGAUCAUCAAGCAAACCGUUUGUGUACUUAUCCCGGGUACAAUUUAAACUGGACCUAUAUUACUCGAGGAGGUUUAUCAUUUUAGGACGAAAUACCCUCGACAAAUUAAACGCAAUAUUUAUAUUUUAUUGAUUAUUGUUCACUUCUUAGUCUGGUUACUUUGGUAACUUGCGCCUUUUCUUGAUCACUGUGAUACCUCGAGUUACAGAGGUUUCAUUGGAAUCAAAAUGAAUUGAUACAAAAUGUACCUCAAACAGUCUAUUUAACAAUAAAUUAUUGGAUACAAUGUAAUUUCUUCCUAAAAAAGCUAAAUAUUUUAGUACCAUUGAGAAACGCUUGCUUUUAUAUAUGUUUUGUUUUAUAUUAUAUCUUGUUUAUAUUUUAAACAGUUACAACUUAAGUGUAUUUGUGACAUAAUUAUAGUAUAUAUUUCAUAACACGUUUUAUUCUCGCCCAAUUAAGGUUAAAUAAUGAACCGCCACAUGUAAAACAAUUCUUUAACAGAUGCCCAAUUUCAGAGUUCAAUUCAACUGUAUUGAAUCUACAUUAUAGUCUCGUCAGCUCACACGUUUACGUGCCUGUUUUAUUCCAAUCUUUUAUUAUUAUAUUUCAAUAAAAGGAAUCAAUAUGAAAGAACAGAAAGUCAAUAAUAUAUAUAUCUCAAGAAAAAAAUUCCUGCCAGACUUUGCUAGUGUUUUAUGUCUUAAAACGUAUCUAUAUAUCACUGAAUAUUGACGUGUUAGUUCCCGAAGAAU